AAAUAGAUACCCAAGAUGAUAGGUACGUACAUUAAAAUAGGAGAUAUUAAGUCCAAAAUUAAUAGGUUCAAUAUCAUCCAAUCAUUGGAUUGGCUUAAUAAAAUAAAUAACAUGAUACUGAUUGUUUAUUUAUCUCGCAAAGACAAAAAUUAGUGGGGCUGCCGUACCCAAAUCGCGUUGGAUGCGCCGCUCAGUGUCCGUCGACGGGCGACAGCGCCAAGUUCAAGAACAGAGGCGCCCGCAGAGCGCGAAUAUUUUAUUUCAAAUUUGAUUUUUUUUUCUUUCGAUUCUUUUGUUUCAAGUGCCAACAUGUGGAAGUAUAUUUUCCUUUUAUUGUGUGCUGCCGCUUUCACUUAUUCUGAGAAUGAAGUGUCGCGCGAUGCUCGAGGAGUUUUCACGAAGAACUUCUUUGGCGGAGUGUGGGGCAACCGUCCACCCCUCAUGGAGGUCAACCAGCCUAGAGCCAUCUGCACUUGCAAAUGUGGAGAACGGAAUGAGGCAGGCCGCAUCGUGGGCGGCAGGGAAGCUGGCGAGUUUCCCUGGAUGGCCAAGCUCACGUACAUCAAGAGGUUCUACUGCGGGGGCAUGCUCAUCAAUGACCGUUACGUGCUCACCGCUGCUCAUUGCGUUAAGGGCUUCAUGUGGUUCAUGAUCAAGGUGACGUUUGGUGAGCACGACCGCUGCAACACCACGACGCGGCCCGAGACUCGGUUCGUGUUGCGCGCCAUCGUUAACAAGUUCAGCCUCACCAACUUCGACAACGACAUUGCCCUGCUGCGGCUGAACGAGCGCGUGCCUCUGUCGGAGGCCAUCAAGCCUAUCUGCUUGCCUACUAACGAUAAGGAGCUGUACGUCGGAGUGAAGGCCGUCGCCACCGGCUGGGGUACCCUUACGGAGGAAGGCAAGGUGUCGUGUACCCUGCAGGAGGUGGAGUUACCGGUGAUAAGCAACCAGGACUGCCGCAAGACCAAGUACACGGCCUCUAUGAUCACCGACAACAUGCUGUGUGCCGGGUACCCGGCUACGGGACAGAAGGAUUCUUGCCAGGGUGACAGCGGUGGACCACUUAUCACGGAGAAGACGACCGCGUCGCAAGAGAAACGCUACGAGUUGAUUGGAGUGGUGUCAUGGGGCAACGGCUGCGCGCGCCCUGGUUACCCGGGCGUGUACACGCGUGUCACCAAUUAUCUUGGAUGGAUCCGCGAAAACACGAAGGACGCGUGCUAUUGCUCCGAUUACCCGUUCGUGUUACUAAAGAGUUGCGGCCGCUUGGUCCGCCUGCUGGGCGUUGAGGUCGAGGAGGAUGAGCCGGUGGGCGCCGUGCUGGAGGAACGCGUCGGCGAUCGCGAGACCGAUGCCGCUCGCGCCGCCGACGUGGCAAUGUCGAAAGAUAUACAAGGAACUACCGUGGUAGUGACCGGCGGCGCGAGCGGCAUCGGUCUCGCGAUCGCCGACGCGUUCCUCCAGCACGGCGCCCACCGCCUCAUCCUCCUCGACCUCAACGCCCAGCAGGCGGACCAAGCUGCCGCAACUCUAAACGCCAAGCACGGAAACAAGGCUACGUUCAUUCAAUGUGACGUCACUAAAGACUUGGACAAAGUUACGAAAGUAAUUUUAGACACGUACAAAAGAGUAGACGUCUUGGUGAACAGUGCUGGAAUUACGUCAACGAAUCUUGUCACUGAUUACAAAACUUGGGAAGCUGAGGAGAAUCAAGAGGACUUUGUAGCAAUGUUCAAUGGGAUGCCUUGGCAGGACGCGAACAGGGUCGGAGAGGGAACUGUAGACGUGUUUCAGAAGGCUAAUAGUGGAACAGCUUGGUUAAUUCAAGGCGAAGAACCCAUUUCUGAAGUGCUGCGAUGGUAUGGUCACGUAAAAAGAAGGCCUUCUGACUACGUAGGAAAUUUGGCGCUGCAACUUUCCAUCCCAGGUCGAAGAUCUAGGGGCAGACCCAGAACAAGAUGGAAGGAUGUAGUGCUAAAGGACAUGAGUUGCGGCGAACGUAACGAGGAGCCCCGCAUCGUGGGCGGGUCCGCGGCCAGCCUGAACGCCUUCCCGUGGCUGGCGCGGCUCAUCUACCACAACUCCUUCGGCUGCGGGGCUUCCCUUAUCAAUGACAAAUACGUCGUGUCCGCUGCGCAUUGUUUGAAGGGUUUCAUGUGGUUCAUGUUCCGAGUGACUUUCGGCGAGCAUGAUCGCUGCGACAAGAGCACGAGACCUAUCACCCGUUACGUCACAAAAGUUGUAGCCCACAACUUUUCUCUCUCCGACCUGCGCAAUGAUAUCGCCCUGCUGAAGAUCAGUUCACCGAUUACGUACUCCCACGCUGUUCGGCCCGUGUGCUUGCCGAAGUACCAAGGAAGAUCCUACGAGAACUCAAUCGCAACAGUAUCUGGCUGGGGCGCAACCGGGGAGACCAAGAACUGGUCAUGCACGCUCCUAGAGGCCGAGUUACCCGUUCUUAGUAACCAGGAGUGCAGGAACACAAAGUACAACGCCUCCAGGAUCCAGGAGGCGAUGCUCUGCGCCGGGUUCCCGAAGACUGCACAUAAAGAUGCUUGUACUGGUGACAGCGGUGGACCACUUAUCACCGAAAAUUCAGAUCACGUUUAUGAACUUAUAGGUAUCGUUUCCUGGGGCUACGGGUGUGCGAGGCUUGGAUAUCCGGGUGUCUAUACGCGGGUCACGAAAUAUCUGGACUGGAUCAGAGACAACACCGACGACGCCUGUUACUGUAGGGACCAUGUCAAACUGGCGGUAGCCUGGAAAGUUGUUUUCUUAAGUGCAAUUGUUUUAGCAUUCACAAUAAAAGCUGAUGAAGAAUUAUUAAAGAAAAUACAAGACGAUGAAGAUUAUGAAAAUAUACCUAAAUGCAAUUGUCGAUGUGGUGAACGCAACGAAGCCUCCCGAAUAGUGGGGGGCGUUGAAACGAUGGCGAAUGAAUUCCCCUGGAUGGUGCGAUUGACGUAUUUCCAGAAGUUCUACUGCGGGGGCAUACUCAUCAACGACCGCUAUGUGCUUACCGCUGCGCAUUGCACUAAAGGGCUCAUGUGGUUUAUGAUAAAAGUGACCCUGGGCGAACACAACCGCUGUAACGAGACCACGCGCCCCGAGACACGCUUCGUGACAAGAAUCGUCGCCCACAACUUUACAUACACCAAUUUCCGACAUGACAUCGCGCUGCUGCGGCUCAAUCAACCUGUCAACAUUACUGAUACGAUCAAGCCUAUCUGUCUGCCACAUAGUGACGAUGACACAUACGUAGGAGUGAAGGCCAUAGCAGCGGGCUGGGGUUCAGUAACCGAGCAGAAGAACCACUCCUGCGUGCUCAGCGACGUGGAGCUGCCCGUCCUCAGCAACGACGUGUGCAAGAAGUCCAAGUAUGAGGAAGCCAUGAUAGCUGACGACAUGCUGUGCGCCGGCUUCCCGGACCAAGGGAUGAAGGAUACUUGUCAGGGUGACAGCGGCGGACCGUUGGCAGCCGAAAGGAGAGAUAAACGCUACGAGCUUUUAGGAGUGGUUUCGUGGGGUAUAGGCUGCGGGCGCGCCGGUUACCCUGGAGUGUACACGCGGGUCACCAAGUACCUGUACUGGAUCCGGCAUAAUGCGCGUCAGGGAUGCUUCUGCUCAGAUUAAUCAUUUAUAUUUAUUUACCAUGUAUAUUUGUUUU